AUUUGUAGAAAGCGCAUGCGUUUGCUGGGUUGGGAUACUAAUUCCGCCUGUUGACGAAUAUCAUGCAGGAGACCACUUUUUCUUUUCUUUUUUUUGUGUUUACUUGAACAAAGACGGAAUUUAGUUGCGCGACAGGCAUUUUGGGCUGGAAGUUGAGACUACAUGGAUGGGAGCCGCUUGUCCUUUCGGCGUCGCCGAGUUGAGUUGACAACUCACAAAGGAGUCUUUGAACACACAUGAACGCAUGCCGAUGUUCACAUCGUGGAUUCUCCUGAAGAUCGUCGGGGCCGGUAUUUUAAUCGGGACUCCUCAAAGUGUCUCAACUUUUGCAUCCCAAAGAGCAAGCUAACUGCAAUUAUCGCCACAUUGCGACACUUGGACUCACACACGCAAAGAGACAACAACGCAACUGCAACUAACGAAAGCAACUAACGAAAGCAACCAAUUAUCAUCACGAGAUGCUGAGAGAACGCCUGCAAUGGAAAGGGGGGAAGUACCUAAGAACGAAGAGAUCCGAGAAGAACUCGGAAAAACCCGAGCAUCGACCAACAGGACGAUCCGACGUCGGAGUAGUGGGAGGCAAAGUAGCGGGAGGCAGAGGGGUGGGAGGAGGUUCGGGGCUUAGGUCCAAGAUAAUUCCCCUUCUCUCAUCAUGGUUUCAGCCCCACCGAAAGUACAACCUCGACGAGUGUUUCUUCCCCUUUCCCAAAAUCACCUUCCUAAUUGAUAAACCGACCAAGUUACGGUGUCAGAUUUGCCGCGAGGUGGAGUGUGAAAUGAAGCCCGAAACACUGACCGUUGACGAUUCAACCUUAAGCAUACUACCAUGCGGGCAUGGUGCCGGUUCAGAAUGUCUCAAGAGGUGGCUCCAGGUCAACAACUCCUGUCCGUUCUGUCGACUAAGUAUGACGUACCCAGGAUGUGGACAUGUCAUCCCGUUGCGCCCAGUGACAACGGAGGGCAUCCAUCUUCUGCCGCGAACGCUGCCGGACCAGGGCCACAUUCCGUUGCUCUGUGCUGGGUGUCUGCGGGACAGCCUUGCAGCACAAGCAGAGCUGAGGUUUGGACAGGCGGCGUGUGCAUUCCAGGAUGCAAGGCAGCGGCUCCACGAGGGCGGAGGGGUGGGAGACGAGGCAGCCUUGUUGAUGAGGCGUGAGGAGUUUGAGACAAUCCUGCGGGACGAGGUGUACAUGAGACAUCUGACCACGUGGUUGACGAGUUGGUGAGGAUUUGGGAUGUAGAUGGCUGACUCUGGUGGGUUGCUGGAGUUUGCCACCUACCGAUUGGGAAAGAUGACCGCGGGCCGGUCGAUCCAGCUGCAUCGGAGACGGUAGAAUGUAGAAGAGCACGCGCGGACGCGGGGUUACACAAGAACACCAUUGCAUGAUUAGGACCUGUUGUAGACCAUUCUCGAUUGAGCACCUGAAUCGCGUAUCUGACCUGUAAUUAACAAAGUCC